GGCGCCCCAGUUCAGUACUCCAAAAUUUGCUCCAGUGUAGGCUGGAGUUUCAUAGUCUGUGACGCAAAAGCGAUCUGUGACAAUGUCUAACCGUGUCUCUGCAAAGAAAAUGGCAUUACUUGUGCUGUUUUCUUUGCUUCUGACAUUGGUUUUGGGACUCUGGCUGCCAGAAGCCUUGAUUUUUUGCGCAAAGCUUUGCGGCUUCAGCGGUUCUUCGGUGACACACGGCAUUGUCUUGGUUUAUUUGGUGUUUGUGCUAUGUGUGGCGGUUCCAGCGCUGCCAAGGGGAUCUGUAAAAAUUGAAGGAAAAUCUGUAUUCAUCACAGGUUGUGACAGUGGAUUUGGAUUGGAUUUGGCAAAGUACCUACAUACAUUGGGAUUUACGGUAUUUGCAGGUUGCCUUCUGAAGGAUACAAAUGGUCCUGGAGCCAUGGAAUUGGAGUGUUUGAAAUCAGAGAGGAUGAAGGUUGUGCAGAUUAAUGUGUGCAAUGACGAAGAGAUAAAGAAGGCUGUGGAGUUUGUGAAGAUCCACUUAAAGGAACCUGAGGCUGGUCUCUGGGCUGUAGUGAACAAUGCUGGAAUCUCUACAUUUGGAGAAAUUGAGUUUUUAAAUUUGGAGACUUAUAGGACUGUAGCAGAUGUGAAUCUCUGGGGUACCAUCAGAGUGACUAAGGCUUUCCUCCCUCUUAUUCGGAGAGCUAAAGGUCGAGUUGUAAAUAUUGCCAGCAUGUUUGGCCGGAUGUGUAAUACAUCAAGAUCUGCAUACUGUAUUAGUAAGUACGGAGUAGAGGCCUUUUCAGAUUGCUUAAGGUAUGAAAUGCACCGUUGGGGAGUGAAAGUCAUCGUUAUCGAACCUGGAAAUUUCAUUGCUGCAACAGGAAUUAUGUCUCGUGACAGUGUAAUAGCAACUUGUGACAAACUUUGGAAAGAAGCCCCUGAAGAUGUUAAAGAGGACUAUGGUAAAACAAAUUUUGAUCACCUUUGUUCAGUGAUGAAAUCAUAUUGCAGUAGCGGGUUAAGAGAUACAGCAUUGGUAAUUAAAGACAUCACAGAUGCAGUUACCUCUUGUUACCCCUAUACUCGCUACACCCCAAUGGAUGCUUACUGGUGGGUUCGAAUACAAGCCAUGACACAUCUGCCUGCUGCCAUUUCAGAUAGGCUGUAUAUUUAUUAAAAUAUUUUUUUCCCAAUUCUAACUGGUGAGCCAGAAUUGAAUAAAUGGGUUUGGUAAUGUUAUGUUAUGCCAACAUUUGAUCUUCAUUGGCUUUGAUUAAUGUGAUGCAUCUUUAAGUCAAAUAUUUAAAAACAAAUGCCACCUCCUUCAGAGCCAAUGUCUUAUUUUUGGUGUUCACCUUUUACAAUACUUCUAGCCAGUGGAAUGGUUUUGAAAUUUGCAGUUUAAGUUUGAAUUUCAACUCAAAUGUUUAAAACAUAUGGAAAAAAUAAAAAACAAAUAUGCUAUCAUGAUUAC